UCUAUAAUAGUUCAGAGGGCUGACUGUGUCUGGAAUGUGAUUGGCUGGAAUCCGAGAGUCUAGUCACGUGAGCAGCUGACCCAGCUCUGUGGGCAUUGAAGAGCUCGUGAGCAGAGUGCAGAGUGCAGAGUGCAGUGAGCGGCGCUGGGGUUAGGACGUUACUGGUCAACAUGAUGAUUCUCGGCUACUGGGACAUACGCGGGCUAGCCCAUGCAAUCCGCCUGCUGCUGGAAUACACCGGGACUCCCUAUGAAGAGAAGCACUAUGUGGAAGGGGAUGCACCAGACUAUGACAAGAGUCAGUGGUUGGAUGAGAAGGAGAAGCUGGGCUUGGACUUUCCAAAUUUGCCCUACCUUUUGGAUGGAGACGUUAAGUUGACACAGAGUAACACUAUUCUGCGCUACAUUGCCGGCAAGCAUGGGUUAUGUGGUAAUACUGAAAAGGAAAAGAUCCUUGUAUCAUUGAUUGAAAAUGAAGUUGUGGAUUUUCAUAUGCGGCUUUUCUAUAUGGCAUACAGCCCUGACUUUGAACAGCUUAAGGGACCAUAUCUUGAAAACCUACCAACUGUGUUGGAAAGAUACUCUCGAUUUUUGGGAGAAAGGCACUGGUUUGCUGGGGACAAGAUUACAUUUGCAGACUUUCUGAUGUAUGAUGUACUCGAUAAGCACAUUAUGUUGGAUCCUACAUGCUUGCAAAAGUUCAACAAUCUGCAGGAAUUCCAUUCAAGAUUUGAGGUUCUGCCUGCUAUUACUGGAUACAUGAAAACACCACGUUUUAUAAAAACACGUAUUAACAACCGAAUGGCUUUUUGGGCCAAUACAUAAUAAAUAAUCUUGCAGAACCUGUAGGCCAGUGAUUUGCUCGACUGCUUAUUCUUGCACAUUGGAAGCCUAAAAUGUUUGUUCCAUUUCUCUUCAUAACUGUAGUAUGUUCUGUAGAUAUCUUUAGAAUUAAAUGCAUGUUAUUGGCAAUAGUUGUGAAAACUAAAGUGGUGAAUUAAAAGACUGAUAAAUUCCUACAGCACUAUGAAAUCAUGCUUACAUUAGAAGUAAAGAUAAUUGCAUGUCAUCUCUGCAAAACUUAGCCCUGAACUACUUUUCCCAGGCUGCCAUGCAUUUAGCCUCCCAGCAUGGUUAGAACCUGCCCAGUACUUUCAAUUG